CCAAGAAAUUGCGGGAAAUAAGUAACACAAAAAUUCCAUAUUUCUAUUAUUUACUGUCAACAAUGGAAGAUAUGGACACCACUGAUAUUCAAGAAAAUAAGCCUAGCACGUCUGAUACAAACGUUUAUGAGGCACCCUGGGUUGAGAAGUACAGACCAGUUAAACUGAAAGAUAUCGUUGGAAAUGAGCAGACCAUUUCAAGGCUGGAAGUAUUUGCAAGGGAAGGAAAUGUUCCAAAUGUCAUCAUUGCUGGACCCCCAGGAACUGGAAAAACCACCAGUAUUCUGUGUUUGGCGAGGGCCAUGCUAGGAGCGUCAUACAGGGAGGCUGUACUUGAGCUGAAUGCUUCAAAUGACAGAGGAAUAGAUGUUGUCCGCAACAAGAUUAAAAUGUUUGCACAGCAGAAAGUUACACUGCCAGCAGGUCGUCACAAAAUCAUCAUCCUUGAUGAGGCAGACAGUAUGACAGAUGGAGCACAGCAAGCAUUGAGAAGAACCAUGGAGAUCUACUCCAAAACUACACGCUUUGCCUUGGCCUGUAAUGCCUCAGACAAAAUCAUAGAGCCUAUCCAAUCACGGUGUGCAGUUUUGCGGUACACAAAGUUGAGUGACUCCCAGGUCUUGAAGCGUCUUUUAGAAGUGUGCGAGGCAGAAAACGUGAGCUUCACAGACGAUGGACUGGAGGCUAUUGUGUUCACAGCGCAGGGAGAUAUGAGACAGGCUCUCAACAAUCUUCAGUCCACAUAUCAAGGAUUUGAACAUGUUAACAGUGAAAAUGUAUUCAAGGUAUGUGACGAGCCCCACCCCCUCCUCAUUAAAGACAUGUUACAACACUGCGUGAAUGGUAACGUUGAUGAGGCUUACAAGAUCAUGGCUCACCUCUGGAACCUCGGGUACUCGCCUGAGGAUAUUAUCAACAUUGUGUCACGGGUCUGCAAGAAUCAUGACAUGCCUGAAUAUCUCAAGCUGGAAUUCAUCAAGGAGAUCGGCUACACCCAUAUGAGGAUAGCAGAAGGCGUGCAGACGCUUCUACAGAUGUCCGGCAUGCUGGCUAGGCUGUGUAAGAAAUCUGCAGAACCCAACGUGCUGGCAUCCUGAUGGGCAGAUGGGGAGUAGAGUGGAACUGUCAACAAAACAAACACUGAGAUAAAUAUACUGCAAUCAUUUCUGUUUGUUACGAUGUGCAGUUGAAGUCAGAAAAAGGCUUAUUUAUUGUAUGUGUAUGAAAUGCUGUAUAUCUGAUUGUAAGAGCAAUUACGUGCUAACACAAACAGUGCUGAGCGGAGGAGCCAUUCUGUUCUUAAUGUUAUGAUUCUGGUGGAUAGAUUUAUGUAGUUGUUAUUGAACAAUUAUUAUCAGUGUUUCAUUAAGUGAUAUUUCUAUAACAGUACACUGUGCUUGCUUCAAAAUUUAUAAGUUACUGGAAUUGCAAAGAUUAAAAAGUCUUUGUUUCCAAACUUUGAUGUAAAUUGAUUUGCCCAUUUUUUGCAUAAAUUUGAGUUUAGAAUAUUGAAUUAGUAUGGAAAUAAAUCUAUUUAAAUAAUG